AUCCUGAGCAGCUCCUCGGUGCCACCGGAACCUGAGCCGAGGUUGCUGCAACCGCGGAGGCGCGGCUGGGGUGAGACUGCGUUAGAGGCAGGCAGGGAAGUUCCAGCUGCCCCAUGCUUAGCAAGGGACUGCAGUGGCUCUCCAGGAAGCCCAAAGGGGCCACGUGUGCUGACUCUCCUUAGCUGCUUCCUCCCGAAUAUCCUUUCCCGGCAGCUGCUGGACUGGGACUGCCCGGAGGAGCACAGAGCUGAGCUCGCUCAGUGCUCGUGGCUGCAGGACACUCGGGCCCAAUGGAGCAGGGAGGCUGGCAGCGGUGGCUGCUGCUGCUGGUGGGCAUCCAGCUGGCCAGUAGCCAGUGCCCAGAGCAGUGCCAGUGUGUCCGUAGUGCCCAGGUGGAGUGCUUUGGUGCCGACAUCACCACAGUCCCCAGCCCCAUCCCUGCCAACGCCAUGACCCUGCAGAUCAUCAACACGGGCAUCGCCGAGCUGGGCGACGCCGCCUUCGGCAACGCCUCCCUGCUGAUCGGGCUGCGCGUGGAGAAGAACGCCCUGUCACGCAUCAGCCCCGGGGCCUUCCAGAACCUGCCCGACCUGCGCUACCUCAGCCUGGCCAGCAACAAGCUGCAGGAGCUCCCUGUGCAGGUCUUUCACCCUCUGGACAAGCUGGAGUCUCUGCUCCUCUCCAGCAACCAGAUCCUCCAGGUCGAGCCUUCCCACUUUGCCCAUCUGAGCAACCUCAAGGAGCUGCAGCUGCACGGGAACAACCUGAAGGAGCUGCAGGAGGGGGUGUUUGACCAGCUGACCAGCCUCACCAAGCUCAACCUGGCCAGGAACAACAUCGACCGCCUGCCGCCCCGUGCCUUCGAGCGGCUGGCGCGGCUGCAGGUGCUGCGGCUCUACGAGAACCGGCUCCGGCACAUCCCGGUGGGCACCUUUGAUGGGCUGCCAGAGCUGCAGGAGCUGGGGCUGCAACAGAACCAGCUGGAGACGCUGUCCCCGGAGCUCUUUGUGCACAACACCAACCUGCAGAAGCUCUACCUGUCCAACAACUUCCUCACCACUCUGCCGAGCGGCGUCUUCUUGCCUCUGCAUGCUCUCGCCAAGAUCACCCUGUAUGUCAACCGUCUGCGGGACAUCUCCCCCAGUGCCUUUGGGCCCAUGCCCAACCUGCAGGAGCUCUGGCUUUACGAAAAUGAGCUUUCUACCCUCCCCACUGCCGUCUUCAGCAACCUCACCCAGCUGCAGCUCCUGGUUCUCAGCAAGAACCGGCUGCGGUCGGUGGCACCGGGCGCUUUCCAGGGCUUGGGGGAGCUGCUGGAGCUGUCGCUGCACUCCAAUGCCCUGCGCCGCCUGGAUGCCCGGGCACUGGAGGGGAUGCCCAAGCUGCAGAACAUCUCUCUGCACCACAACCAGCUGCAGGCGCUGCCACGGGGCCUCUUCAGGGCCACCCCUGGGCUGCGGCAUCUGCAGCUGCACUCCAAUGCCCUGGAGUACCUGCCUGCCGGCAUCUUCUCCCCGCUGACUGCCCUGCGAGAGGUGAGGCUGCACAACAACUCCUGGCGCUGUGACAAGGACAUCCUGCCCCUGCAGGGCUGGCUGGAGGAGAACCCUCACAAGGUGGGUGAGAUCGCCCCGCUGUGUGCCCAGCCUCCCACCCAGCAGGGCAUCCCCAUCGCCGAGCUGCCACAGGACCAGUUCCUCGACCCCCAGGCCCCCACUGCUGCUCCUCAUCCCAGCACCCUGCUCCCUGCUGACGCCUCGGAGGCAGCAUCAGAUGAUGCCUCAGCAGCAGAAGAUGCCUCGAUGGAGCCCCCCACAGGGCUGCCAGCCUCCCCACGGGAGGAUGAGGAGGAGAAGAAGGAGGAGGAAGAGAGGGGGCAGUGGGGUCUGACACGCCUGCAGAGUGGGGUGGUGGUAGCAGUCAUCGUGCUGGUGUGCGUGGCCCUGCUGGCUGCUCUGGUGGCUCUGGUGGUCUAUGGCUGUCGGAAGAAGAGCCACGUUGUGCUCAUGAGGAUGAAGGCUCCGAAUGAACUGCCUUCUCCAGCUGUAGCACGACCAUGGGGGAUUGAGCUCACCUCCGUGUGUGCUGCAGUGGCACCAGGCUUCCUGAGGACUGCUGCUGUGGGACAAGCAGCGAGAGGCAGCUCCGCCCCAGCAGGAACAGCUUGUCCCUGGCUUCGGCUGGCUUCCCAUCUGCCCCAGAAAACACCGUCCCAUCCCAGCAAGCAGCAUCCCUGCAAAUCUGCUGCAGGUUCGGCCACCGUCCCUGUGAUGCCACACUUGUGCAGGCUGCUGAUCUACGUGCUGCUGGGGCUGGGGUCCCUGCUGGUGGGGGCACUGUCCCCAUCCUGCCCCCCUACCUGCCAGUGCUAUGACACCUCCAAAGUCUUCUGCUCAAACGAAAAGAUGCAGGAGAUCCCGGAGGGCCUGCCCGGAAGUGCCACCCACCUCUUCUUCGUGGAGACAGCCCUGAGCAGCAUCCGCAGCGGGGACUUGGGCUCCAGCACCACGCUCACCAAGCUGGUCUUCAUCAAUAACAACAUCCAGCAGCUGGAGAUUGGUGCCUUUCAGGGGCUGCCCAGCCUCACUGAGCUGGAGGUGUCAGGCAACCCCUUGUCAUCCGUCAGCCUCGGGAUGCUGGCAGGGUUGACCAGCCUCAGCAAGCUCUCCCUCAGUGCCAACACCAUCCGCACCCUACAGCCGGGGCUCUUCACUGGCUCUUGCCGCCUGCAGGAUCUGAGCUUGUCAGGGAACAAGAUCGAGGCACUGCCCCCUGGCAUCUUCCGCCCACUCCGGCGGCUCCGGGCCCUGGACCUGUCUCAGAAUGCUCUGGCUGAGCUGCCGGAUGGGCUGCUGGCCCCACUUGUCGCCCUUCGUGUCCUCAAGCUCAGUGACAACCUGCUGGCACGGGUGCGUCCUGGUGCUUUCAGGGCACUAGGCCAGCUGACUGAGCUCCACCUGGAUGGCAACCGGCUGGAGGAGCUGCCCUCCGGCAUCUUCUCCAGGCUGGGGGCGCUGCGGCGGCUGCAGCUGCAGCACAACGCCCUGGGCAGCCUGGCCCCCGACAUCUUCACAGGCCUCCUCAACCUCACUGUCCUCAGCCUGGAGGGCAACAACCUGGCCACCGUGCCUGCCAUGCUGUUCGCUGGCACCCCUGGCCUCCUCCACCUCUCGCUGGCUCGCAACCAGCUGGAGACACUGCCCCAGGAGCUCUUUGCUAACCUGUCAGUGCUGGAAACCCUGGAGCUCUCACACAACGCCAUAGAUCACCUGCCCACUGCGGCUUUCCAGGGGCUGGCAGGGCUGACAGAGCUCCAGCUGAGCCACAACAACCUCUCCAGGCUGCCGGCGCGGCUGCUGGCUGGGCUGCCCCUCCUCACCGCCCUGGCGCUGGACCACAACCGCCUGGCCCGCCUGCCCCCGGGGCUCUUCGAUGCCAACGAAGAACUGGUGCGUGUGGGGCUGGCCGGCAACCCCUGGGUCUGUGACUGCCACCUCUCCUACCUCCUGCGCUGGCUCCAGAGCUUUGCCGAGCCCCUCAUCCACGGCCAAGCCUUCUGUGCCGAUCCAGCCGCUCUCCGGGGCCAGUCCCUGCUGGAGGUCUCCGGCGGGCAGCUGGAGUGCCCAGGCGCACACGGUGUCCCCCCAGAGGAAGGCUGGCACACGGAUGCUCCGGGACACUGCACCUACACCGACCCCGAGGGCACGGUAAGCGUGGCCUGCAAUGCCACGAGGUGCCAGCAGCUCAGCCUUCGCCUGCCUGCGCCCGGGCAGGAGCAGGGCCUGGGGCCGGCCUACCGCGGGGCCUGGCUGCUGCGCUCCCGCUGUGGCACGCUGCACGUCAGCGUCCUUGUCACAGCACAGAGCGGCAGCCAGCCCACACCGCCAGCUCUGCCCACGCUGCCCUAAGGCUUGGGCAGGCGUUUGCUUCUGCUCCAGCAACCUCUGAACCAGCCUGGGAAACAAAUAGCUCUCCGUCUCGCUCCGCUACCGCUGCUGUGGUCCCCAGCUGUCCCCGAGCUCUCCGCAGCAGCUGGCCCGGUGCUACUUAUCCUCUCAGCUAUGUGUUUCCUGUGUAUUGCAAAUAUAAUUAAAAUUUAUCUAUUAUUUCUGUGCUGCUAGUUCCCAUGGCAGAGAGAGGAAUCAUUCUGUCUGUGUGCCUGGGAGUGAAGUGAAGGUCGAUGUGGUACACUGGGAUCUUGUGAGGAGCUGUGCAUGGUGGGCACAGUGCAGCUGCCUGGUGGUGAGCAGGUGCCACUGUGGCAUCCUCAUGGUGUGCUCGUGUCUGCCUGCUGCAGCCACCUUCCCUUGGCACUGCAGAGGGAAGAGAGGCCCAGCUGCAGCCUGGCAAAACCUGAGGACACGGAUUUGUGUUGUCCAAGGGAGGUGGGUGAGGGUGAGUGCUGCUGAUUGCCCAGCAAGGGGGAUGAGCUGCCUGGCUGCAGGGUGAGCUCCAGCCCAGGUGUGCACAACCAGGUCCCACCCCUACCCUGUCAGGGCUUGGUCUGCAGCCCUGCAGCCUGAAAAUGGAAAGUGGCAAGCUUCAUGUAAAUGAGAGGAAGAACUUCACUGUGAGGGUGAGUGGCACAGGUUGCCCAGUGAGGUUGUAGAGUCUCCUUCUCUGAAUAUAUUAAAAAGACAAGUGAACAGAGCCAUGGGUACCCAAGGAACCCUACUUCAGUGGGGAAGUUGGACCAGAUGUCUUCCACUGGUCCCUUCCAACCUCUCCCAUCCCGGGGAUUCUGAUUCUGUGGCCUGUGGAGACGAGGCACAAAGUCCCAGCAGUGCUGCCCAGGGGUGACAGGUAAGGCGUGUGCUCCCCUGGGAGGGUGAGCAUGGCUGCACACACGGGGCUGUGAGCGCACAGUGUCCGUGUGAGAGUGUCCCUGUGUCUGUGCCUGUCAGCACGGGCCUGUCCGUGUCUGUCUGUCCGUGCGUGUCGGUGCCGCGGUGCUGCGGCACCA